AUGAGGCGUUUCCUGAGCAGGAAGGGCCGCUUCUCCCUGCGCCAGAGCAAGUCUGGGACCCGAAGUGCCUCGAAAGAUUUCUACCUGGGGCUCCCAGCUACCAACCAGAACUGGCCAGAGGAGUUUGGCUUCCGGCUUGGUGGCGCCGGGCCCAGCUACAUCCUGUCCGUGGUAGAAGGAAGCAGUGCCUUCCUGGCGGGGCUCCAGCCCGGGGACCAAGUGGUAGACAUUGAGGGUCAAGAUGUGACCAACCUCAGCACCCCAGCUCUGAUAGCGCUUGCCCAAACUCUCAAGACGGUACCCCCUAGCAUCGGAGUGGUGUCACGUAUCGAACAGAUUGAUAUCGCACCUGGUCUGGAUGGUCGUUUUGGCUUCACCAUUGUGGGAGACAGCCCGCUAAUGGUGGAGGACUGCAUGCCUAACGGUCCAGCAGGCCGCAGCGGCCUUAAGGCUGGAGACUACGUUAUGGAGGUCAACGGCAUUCCUGUUAAGCAGCAUGAGACAGCGGCGGCCAUGAUCAAAGCGGCUCAGGGGCGGCCGCUGCAUCUGGGUGUGCUGAGUAUGGCCCGGCGGCCCAAGCGGCUGAGCAGCAGCAUGAGGGUGCUAUCGCAGAGCGGAGACAGUGUCAGGGACAGUCGUGCCCACAAGGCCAUGGAGUUCAACAAGAAGGUGGACGAGGUUCUGGGAGAGGAGCCAGAUGUGAGGGAGAAGCUGUUUGAGGUGCUGAAGGAAUAUGCUGCUGAGAGGAACGUGGACAGUCUGGCUGACGCGCUCCCUGAUAUCCUGAUCACAGAGGAGCAUCAGCAGCUGAUUGACAGCAUCAGGAUCUUCAUUCCUAAGAAGCACCGGGAGCGUUUUGACGAGGUGGUCUCCCAGAGCCUGAUGAGCCGACUCAAGGGACGGAGUUUCAGUGACCCCAGCCGAAACCGCCUUCGCCGUAGCCGGAGCGAAGACCACCCCGAGCGCCUCCUGGUCUCCACCCGCGCCAGCUCAGUGCCACGCACCCACGCAGAGGAGGGUGUGGUGCCCCCCACCCGCGGAAUGCGCAAGACCACCUCCCUCAUAGCCGGGCACUCCGGUGCCACCACAACCAAUUGCAGGACAGUGAGGGUGUGCAAGGGCAAUAUGAGUUUUGGGUUCACCCUUAGAGGACAUGCACCGGUGUGGAUUGACUCUGUCAUCCCGGGAAGCCCAGCAGACAAGGCAGGUCUGAAACCAGGGGACCGUAUUCUCUUUCUCAAUGGGCUGGACAUGAGGAGCUGUUCCCAUGAGAAGGUGGUGUCCAUGCUCCAGGGCAGCGGUGCCAUGCCCACCCUGGUGGUGGAGGACGGUCCACCUAGUUUCACCCUGGUGGAGCAGGAGCUAGCAGGAAGGGGUGUACCCAUUGAGCGGGCCCGGUCCCCAGUUCUUAGCUCCUUGCAGUGGGUGGCAGAGAUCUUACCCCCCAGUAUCAAGGUCCAGGGGCGCACCUUCGGACAGCAGCUGGACCACCUCCUGACCAUUCAGGAGAGGUACACCAUCUGCAAGGCCCUGGAGAACUUCUUCCAGCACAGGAACGUUGACACCCUGAUCGUGGACGUAUUCCCGGUGUUGGACACUCCCGCCAAACAGGUGAUCUGGCAGUUUGUGUACCAACUUCUGACUUAUGAAGAGCAGGAACACUGCCAGAGCAAAAUCUCCCGCUUCCUUGGAUACAAAGCUUCUCCAGCUCCUCCACCGCCGCCACCCCCUCCUCCUCCUCCUCCAGAGCUGGAUGUUGCCCCUGAGCCCCAUCGGCGUAGCAGCUCUAUGAGAGUGACAGGGACCACAUACAGGAGCAGUGUGAGGGGACGCAGCUCAGACGACCUGGUUAUAGGCACACACCUGGGAAUGGGUAUCCGAGCAGAUCCAGGGGCUGAGAUGGGGAUGAGGUUGACUCCGGGAGAGAGACAGUCAGGGGACGGUACUUCCCUCCCUGAGACUCCUAACAACCUCACAAAUCUGUCAGCAGUGUAUGCUGAACUGGAGAACAUGUACUCAUCCAAGAGGUCCAAGUCUCUGAAGAGUCGUCCCCCUCCUGCGCCGGAGAGUUUUCUGGAGCAAGAAUCCCUCUCACGCACAGCUUCCCCCACUACACAUGCAAACACAGCUAGCCAUACGGGGCACCCAUCCCCUAUGACCUGGACAGAGCCCCUUCCGAGCCCCCCGACUGCCCAAUUCUACCCCUCAGGGCUAACAAGCCAGACCAGUGGUGAGUCCAACCCUUACAUCAGCCUGGACAGCCCGCCUCCAUCACCCCCUGAGCCUCCUGACUAUCCCCCUAGUCCUCCGGCCCAACGUAGCAGCAAGCGGCGCUACACCUUCUCUAAGCCACCACGCUCUGAAGACACAGAUCGCUUCUUAGAUGCACUGAGUGAGCAACUGGGACAGAAGGUAGCCAUCGUUGAUGACUUCCUGUCUCCUGAAAAUGAUUAUGAGGAGGAUGUUGUCCAGAUGAGCUUCCCAGACGAGGAGGACGAGGAUGAUGAAGAGGAGAUGGGAGUCGAUGAAGAAGAAAAUGGGGGCUUUGUGGCACCGGAGCUCAGCAGCCCCAGUGAUGUGCAGAGCAGCAGCGGAGAAGAAAAUGCCUCCUCCCUUACUUACUCCUCCUCUUCUGACCACAUUCCCCCACCUCCUAUGACCCCGCCUCCACCCCCACCCAUUCAGUUUAAUGACCCACCCACCCCCCCUCCACCACCUGCACAACCUCAGCCACAACCACAGCAACAGCAGCCCCAGCUCAACUACACCCCUGAACACUCUCCAAGAACACAUGUGCCCAUACGGCGCAAAUCUGGGCCCCCUCCUCCCCCUCCUCCACGCAGCAAUCCACCUCUGAAACGGCAAUCACUUCAUAAAGUGCUGCCCACCAGAGAAGACCGGCAUGCCCACGCCACCAUACAGGAGCUCAAAGCAUACCAAGAACAACAAGCCUUCCAGGAGAGACAAGCCUAUGAGGAGCAGCAAGCCUAUAAAGAGAGACAAGCAUAUGAGGAGCAGAAAGUUUAUGAGGAACAACAAAUAUACCAAGAGCAGCAGGCCUACCGGGAACAACAAGUCUAUCAGGAGAGACAAGCCUACAGAGAGCGACAGGCCUAUGAAGAACAGAAAGCUUAUGAAGAACAGAAAGCCUAUGAAGAACAGAAAGCCUAUGAAGAACAGAAAGCCUAUGAAGAACAGAAGGCAUAUGAAGAACAGAGAGCCUUUGAAGAACAGAAAGCCUAUGAAGAACAAAAGGCUUAUCAAGAGCAACAAAUGUACCAAAAGCAAAAAGCCUACCAGGAGCAAAAAGCUUAUGAGGAACGCCAGGCCUACCAGGAGCAAAAAGUGUAUCAAGAACAACAGAUGCAACAGAUCUACCAGAGCCACCAGUCCCUACCUGCCCAUCCCUCCCAGCAGGCAGCACUCUCACCACACUCCCUUCAACAGCUUCCCCAAUCACUGCCCUCGCUACCCUCCCCAGAUUUGGCCCAUCCCCAUGCUAACCACCCUCUCUUUAAGAUGCGCCAAGCACAGCAGCAACAAGCGCAUCAGAGCAUCCAUCACCGACGUCAGUCUCGCUCAGCUCCGUCUCCUCAUCAGGCUUCACACCAACAGACUGCCCACCCCAGCCAAAAGGGUCCGUACUCAGAGGGCAUUUAUCAAAGCCGCCAGAGCCUAAAACUUCAAGCACACCAUAGCCAACCUCACCACUCUUCCACUGAGCUGCUCCAUCAAAUACACAAAGUCCAAGCCCACCAUUCCUCGACAGAGCUGCUCCAUCAAGUCCAGCAGAUGCACCAACCUAAGCCCCAUCACUCCUCCACAGAGCUCCUGCAUCAAGCCCACCAAGAGCCGGCCUCUCUACCAGUUCAGUUCAACCGGGAAACCCACUCAUCGCAUCAGAGCCGUAGGAGUCUCAAAGGUCAUCACCAGAUCCAAACAUCGCCCCAAGGAAGACACCAAGAGCAGCAGACACACCAAGCACACCACCCUCAACCUGCCAAGCCCUCUCCCCAGAGACCCCAUUCCAUCCAGCAGACUCACCACCACUCCACCACCCCUCAGAUCCACCAUAUUCACCACAUGACACCACAGCCCCCACCGCAGGACUACCAGCAUCAGAUCCACCUCAUCCACCCUCCUCAGAGUCAGCAGCCCCACAGGCCCCAACCCCUCCUCUCUACCUUCCAGCCCUUUCAGCCUCACCAGCCCACACUGUCCACUUUCCAGCCCCUGCCCCAACACCACCAGUCCCAGCACCAGGUCCAGCCUUCUGCACAAGCCACCCGUCCACAGUCCCAGCCCUCUCAUCAUCUGCUUCAGUCCCAAACCCAGCCACAAUCCCAGUCCCACCAUAAGCAGUCUCAUGGCCAGAGUCAGCCCCAGUCCCUCCCCCACUCUCUAUCUGACCCUAUAGAGCACCUGGAGCCUCCUCCACCUCCACCUCCACCCCUUCCCCCACCCUGCUCCCCUCCUCCCCUUCCUAAACCCUCCCUCCAGAGGAUGGAGUCCAACCACAUGAGUGUGAAGAGAUUACGCUGGGAGCAGGUGGAGAACUCUGAAGGCACUAUCUGGGGACAGUUGGGGGCAAAUUCUGACUAUGACAAAUUGAAUGACAUGGUGAAAUAUCUAGAUCUGGAACUGCACUUUGGGACACAAAAAACCCCUGUGUCUGUUCCAGAGCCAUCUCCUCAGUCGGAGACCUUCAAGAAGAAAGACGUGAUUGAAAUUCUCUCCCACAAGAAAGCCUAUAACGCCUCCAUCCUGAUAGCCCACCUGAAGCUGUCUCCGGGGGAACUGCGUCAGGUGUUGAUGACCAUGGCUACUGACAGGCUGGAGCCAGCUCACAUCAAACAGCUGCUGCUGUACGCCCCCGAUGCUGAGGAGGUGAAACAGUAUGAACAGUACAAGCAAGACCCCAGCAAACUCAGCGAACCAGACCAGUUUGUAUUGCAGAUGCUGUCAGUACCAGAGUAUAAGACCCGUCUCCAGAGCCUCCACUUCAAGUGUACUCUUCAGGAGAAGACAGAGGAGCUGAAGGGAGGAUAUGACUGUAUCUACAAGGCCUCCUUAGAGCUCAAGACCAGCAGGAAGCUGGCCAAGAUACUAGAGUUUGUGUUGGCAAUGGGAAACUACUUGAAUAAUGGCCAGCCUAAAACAAACAAGACUACUGGCUUCAAGAUCAACUUCCUUACUGAGCUCAGUACCACUAAAACAGUGGAUGGGAAGUCAACGUUUCUUCACAUUCUGGUCAAGUCCUUAUGUCAGCACUUUCCAGAAGUACUAGAUUUUUCCAAGGACCUAACCAUGGUUUUGCUCGCAGCCAAAGUGAACCAGAGGACUAUCACGUCAGAUCUGAAUGACCUCCAAAAGACCAUCCAGGAAAUAAGGUCAGCCUGUCAAAAGAUGCCAGCUACCGCUGAGGACCGUUUUGCCGCUGUCAUGAGCAACUUUCUUGAAAAUAGCCACCCUGCGAUCCAAUCUCUGGAGUCACUCCAACAGCGAGCCAUGGACGAAUUCAACAAGACUGCGUCCUACUUUGGAGAGGACAGCAAAGCCACCAAUACUGAGGCAUUUUUUGGGAUUUUCGCUGAGUUCUUGAGCAAGUUUGAGAGAGCUCUCAGUGAACAGCAGGCUGCAGAAAAUCCCAAGAGCCCAAGGAGUCCACGAAUAGCCUCCCCACUGGCUUGGUAG